AAGUUGGAACAAUGGUAUCCUCAUCAAUGGCGGUCCAUUAUCCAUACGAAAGGCCCAAAAUGAGACCACUUUUAAUUAUAUCCAAUACCAAUCCAAGUGCCCAACACCUGGCGCUGCACCUCCAUCAGCUACAAUGUCAGUCCAACGCAAACCCCUCCGCCCUGUCUCUUUUUGACAGAGAAACAUGGAGGGAGUGGGCUCAGCCUCAGCCCCCCUCACACCUCAGCCACUUUGAUUAGCUGGACGUUAACUACUUCAUUUGCGUGUUUAUUGCCGGUAUCUUACAUUUCCACAGUUCUACUUAUAACCUUAAAAAAGUCAUACGUGUUUUGCUGUCGCGUCACACUCCACCCCUCCCCUCGCGCACGCUAGCCGCCCCCAUUCUCCAGGCAACCCAAGUAACCAACCAACUGCCUCCAUCUUUACUGCCCUUCCAGACCCUCCCUCAAAAAACAAAUGCUCCCCAUCUGUGCUAACUUACGCCUCCCUUCUCUUUCCCUUAUCCUACACACACCACCACCUUCGCAAUGUCAACUGAAACUUCUCCUCCUCCUCCUCCUCCACAAUCCUCCUCCGCCACCGCGAAACGGCGGGUCCCUCCGCCGUGCUGGAGUAAGGAGGAAACCCUGGCGUUGGUUGAGGCUUACAAGGAGAAAUGGUUCGCUCUUCGACGGGGGAACCUGAAGGCAUCUGACUGGGAUGCCGUGUCCGCCGCCGUUUCUUCUGCAUCUGAUCCUGAGACUACGAAAUCGUCCAUUCAAUGCCGGCAUAAGAUCGAGAAGCUGAGGAAGAGGUACCGUGCGGAGAAGCAACGGAGCCUUAAAAAUCCAGGCAAGUUCUCUUCUUCUUGGGACAUGUUUCCUGUGCUUGAUGCUAUGAAUUUUGCAUCGACGUCGGUCGCUGGAUCUGAUGAUCAAGAUCAUGUUGUUGAUCAUAAAGUUAGUGUAUUUGAUGGGUUUUGCUUGAAAUUGAAGAAUCGUGAAAAGAUUGAUGGGAAUUCUGGGUCUAAUCUUGGUUUUGAUCAUGAUUUUAGAGAUGGGUAUGGUUCAAAAUUUGAUUUUGAUCACAAAUUUGGAGCUGGUUAUGGGGUGAAAUGGCAGGGUAAUAGGGAUUUUAUGGCUAAAGAAAUUAAAAAAAUAAAGAGUGAUGGUAGAAUCGGCGAUGGUCAUGGUUGUAUGGUUGAUUUUGACCAUAGUUUUCGUCAAGGUGUUGAUAGUGUUGGAGAGUUUCCUCUCAAGACCUUAGGUGAUAGGAGCUUUUUGAACCUUGGAUUCAAGCCAAAGAAUUAUGGUAGCCCUAAUAUAGAUUGUGAUUAUGAUAAUGAUUUGGAAGAGUAUAUCAUUGAUGAAGAAAUGGGAUUCGGAGCAAAAGUUUCAGGUGGUUGGGAUUCAGUGCAUCAAGGUUUUCAUCCGGAUAGAUGUGGUAGAGUGGAUAGGAGCUUUAACCCAGGUGUAGACUGUGGGGGUUUGAAUGAAUUAGCUUCUUGUUCAAGGCCAGGGCUUGGGAGGAAGAAUGGUAUUGCUGGAGUCAAGAGGGGUGUGGAUCCAGUUGAGGAGAUGGUUUCCUCCAUUAAGUUGUUGGCUGAACGGUUUGUGAGGAUGGAGAAGAUGAAGAUAGAGAUGGUGAAGGAGAUUGAGAAGAUGAGAAUGGAGAUGGAGAUGAAGCAUAAUGAGAUGAUGCUUGAGUCACAACAAAAGAUCAUUGAUGCAUUUGCUGAGGCGUUGUUGGAAAAGAAGAAAAGGAAAAAGAAACCGACCUUGCGGUCGCCUAACAUGAAUGGAAAUGGGAUUGAAGAAUGGCAAGGAGAUGAUAACAAAAAAAGGUGGAUAUAGUGUCACCUAAUGUUCAGAUAGUAUAGUUUACUUACCUAGUACCAUCUACGUUAUCUUCCAAGUUGGCCAAAAUGUUUUUGGAAACAGAGCAACCUAGUUUAAUGCUCUUUUUUUAUUCAAAAUCAAGAGGAAUUUAACAAAAAUGAGAUUGUCUCUCAUAAUUUGCCAGUGUCCUUGAUCUGUUCACUGUGAAUUUGUGAAGGCUUUUAAUCCUGGAUUAAGUAUUAUGACUAAAAACAACAUGAUUAAGUUUCUGUAACUAGAUUUAAUAAAUGCAAUUCAUUUUCCUUAGAUUGAAUUAGUCAUGACUAGAUUUAUAUGAAAUGCACAUUUCUUCAAUAUUUAACCCUACAUAUAGUACAUAACUACAUAUAUAACUGUAUGUGUGCGUGCUCUGUGUUUUCUUUCAUCUUAGAAAGCAGCACUUGAUGGUUUCUUUGAUAAUGGUUGUAACAUUGAUGGCACAUUUUUGUUUUAUUUUUUAUAAGUAUUGAUGCAUUGAUAUUGAAUGUUUGAAGACCAUGGGUUUUUGUUAGACCUGGAACAAAUAUAGUGUGCAACAUGAGAGGCUCAGGGGUCCAGUUCAUUGCUUUUAUUCUUUAUAUGCAUUUUUAUGGUGCCUGGAUGAUAUCCUUCUUACUAUUUAAGGUGUCUGUUCUGCACAUAUAAGUUUCCCUUUACAAGCAUGGGAGUCAAGGAAGAGUGGGAUAAGCCCAAAACCACAACCAAACCAUGAAUCUGGAGAUGCAUAUCCAGUGUAAUUUGAUUGUGAGAAACACAUGCUUAUUUCUUCGCAUUUUUUUUUUUCUAGUUUUAGUCUAUUCCCAACCCACUCCAAGCAUUUCUGGAGUAACUAUUAGCAUCAUAUCAUGGGUGUGAUCAAGUGACAAGUCAAGCGGACACAUUUGGAGUUCCAAGUUAAAUCAACUACAAGACUUGAUUGAGCUUCUUUUUUUUAAUGCUCAAAGCUCAAUG